UGAUCAUUCUCGAAGCUCUCUCUCCCUCUCUCUCUCUCGAUAUUGCCAGAUCCACAGCCAUGUUUAAGCGGCUCCUCUUUGGAAAUGAAGAGGAGAAGCUGGCCUUCAAGACGUCAACCUCAUCCGGCAUCGCUCGGCUGUAUUCGUCUCCACAACCAAUCGAAGCUCCCCCACGCGAGGCGUCCUACUGGCGAUCCUUUACGACGGCCUUUGACACUGCCUCGGACGUCUUUGGCCUCUUUGCCGUCUCGGAUGUGAGGCGGGCGCUGACCAUGGGCGACGCGGGCCGGGAGAACAUCAGGACGCUCGUCCAGGUGUGUGUCUGGCACCUCGAGAGCCUGCGGGACGAUGUCGACUUCUGUCCCGAGCCGACGACGAGCGCGGGCGGUGCUGGCCGAUGGGGCGCUGCUCUUGGCGCGGCGAGAUCGACGACGGGCGCGACCAGAGGAGCGGGAGAGGAGCGCGAUCGGGUAAAGGAGGCACUCAACUGCCUUAGAAUUCUCACCAGGGUCUUGCCCGUCGUCAUGGAGGGCGACCACGAUGCGUCGUGCAACGUAGAGGCCCAGGGCGGCGCUGAUCCGUCGGCUUCGUUGACGUCUGACGACUUCGAACGAGAUCUGCUGUGGACGAGAAAGGUCGACAAGAGAGAGGAGGCUAACUUGUCGACGAAUCCGCUAUCGGGAAGGCCGGAAGAUGAGGAGGGCUCGAAGCAAUUUGUCAUUGACGACGACGACGACGAGGAAACGCAAGACACCGGAGAUCCUUUGAGUGCAGCAGCCCGGAAAGAGGCUCAGGAGCAAGAGCAGCGGCAGCAUUCCGGAGAAGAAGAGGAAGGAGAUAACCUCCCGCCAAGCUUGGGAGAAAGGCUCUUGACAAUUGUCUUUGAUCUCCUCUUCUACUCGGGCUUUACGAUUCCCUGGACCGACGAGCAGCUCUCGCAAGCAAACGGGACGUCUGCUGCACCAAGGAUCCACUAUGCGAUCUGGGAGAGAGGCGUGGGAAGCUCCGUCGAUCUGGCCAACACGACAAGGCAGCAUGAGGCACACCGCGUCGAGGUGCUGAGGCUGCUCCUGGUUCUUCUCUCCAAGAGCAUCUACGUUCCAGCCCACCUCCAGACGACGACCGACAAUCCUGCACUGCGGCUGGCGGCAACGGGCUUAGAUCGGUCCGUCGUCCUACCCCUGCUUUGCAGCUUGCUCAACGUGGGCCUCAAGGCCAACGAUCAGGGCUGGCUGGGCAAUCUCGCGAGCCUGCCUGCGGGCCUCGUCAAGGAGCGUGGAGCCAUAUCACCCGAGGAGACGCGCUUGAACCUCGUCUGUCUCUCGCUACAGAGUCUCGAUGUUCUCCUUGGCUACGACUCAAUCGACCCACAGUCCCAGGUCAAAGAGGCUAGUCAGGAGCAGGUCAGACCGAGGCUGGGCACCAAUGCCUCGUCGCAGUCCAUCUCGUCGGCCCGACAACCGGUGCUGCCGGCCCACGAAGGUGCUCCGAUGAACCUCUUUCGCUUCUACCUCACCAAGCUCCAUCGUCAUGCCGACUUUUUGACAUUGUCUGAUGGCAUUUUCUCUAUCCUUGCCUCCAGAGGCUCCGGCGGGCUCUCGUCCCUUCCGGGGGUAGGAAGCCUGGCUGGUGGCUCCACAGCGACAAUCGACCCCUCUGGGCCGCACGUCUCUGAAGCCCUGAUGCUGCUCUGGCGCCUCCUCUCUCACAACACAAAGUUCCGGACUUUCCUCCUCGACGACGGCGCACGCUCCCCUACGCUCCUCUCACAUCUCCUUUACCACGCUCUAGCCAACAAGGACUCGUUACCCAAGCAGGGAUUGGUAAGGCUAUGCGCAUUCAUGCUCCAAGACGUCUCUGCAGAGAGGGCAUUUGGCAUUCACAUUUCAAAGGCAGGAAGCGGUGCAAAGGCGCGCAUUCACAACGGUCACAAAUGGGGCGUCGCUCAGGGCGGCGGGUCCUCGCUCUCGGGGGGCGGCACGGGAGGAGCUUCAUCCAUGGUGCCCUCGGUUGUCGGCGGUGGAGGAGGAGGAGGAGCGGGAGCCGUAGUAGGAGGAGGGCCGAGCCAGGCAACGACGGGAGCCGACAUUCUCAUCCAGUCAGUCUAUUCACUCAUUGCCACGACGAGGGGCACUCUCACGUCGUUGUAUGCACCUCUGGUCAUCUCACUGGGUAACACGGCGCCGUUCUGGAGGAACUUGAGCAUACUGAGCUCCAACCGCCUCGUCGCCCUCUUGUCCUCCUUUACCGCCUCGUCCUUCCUCCUCGCAGACGACGGCAAUCCGCGUCUCGUCUUCUACCUCCUCGAGUCCAUCAAUGCGGUGCUGCACCAUGGUUACGCGCACAACCCCAAUUUUGUCUAUGCCCUUGUGAGGGGCGCACAGCCGUCGGUCCAGCGCCUGGCCACGUUCACUCUUAGGAAGGGCAUCGCCGACAUCAGGCGAACGAGGAAGAGAGCAGGUGUCUAUUCAUCACCAUCAAAUGCAACGUCAGCCUCUUCGCUGGGACGGCGGCCAUCGUCGGUCGCUGGCGCCGGUGGAGGCGAGAACGGGCUCGAUGGGAGCCCGCGAGCAGAUCGAAAGGACCCAAUUGGUAGCGAGGCAGGCGUGACGGCGUCCACCGAGCACGAAGAAGCGCCGCCCGAGCCUGCAUCUGCGGAGCAGUCUGAGAAAGCACGGGGCAAGAUGCGGCGAAGGUCCAACGCCGAUACAGCUCCAGCAUUGGGGGUCGCGAGCUUGUUGGGUGGGCAGGCCGAGGAUGAGGAGGAUGCGCUAGUGGCUGGCUUCAACGACGAGGAGCUCCAUGAGGCCGCAAGGACGGUGGGCAGGCACGGCUUUGUGCCAACGACGGGCUGGGUUCAGUCUUGGCAAGUCGGCCUACCGCUCGACUCGCUUCAGAUUGCAUUGACCGAGCUCGUGCCCAAAGUCGAGGAGCUCUGCUCGAGUGGAGGCUUGUCGAGCAAGAGCGAUGCAGACGAAAGGGUGCUGGCGUUCUUACGGGAGCAGAAGCUCGUGGGCGUCUUGACUUCUCCUCCCCCGAUUAACACGCGACCGUUCAGAUGGACAACGCAAGCCCACAUCUGGCUCCUCUCAUUUGUUUGGGGCCAGGUCUACGUACAUGGUCUCUUGCCCUAUGGCAUUUGGGCUGGCUCCAACGCCCGAUUGUUUCAGGUCCGGCCCUUGCCAUCCGCCAGCAGCACCAAUAAUGCCAACAGGACUUUGGCUGAGCAGCAAGCGUCGCUCGUCGGCGCAUUCCAGCAGGUCCUGGGCUGGGGCGGAACCCCUACAUCUGUACAAACACCAAGAACAGCGGCGCCAACGUCGGUGUGAAGCAAUCCAUCUGUGCACAAUAAAAAAAGUCCUUGCGGACCUCGGCAGCCGGCUUUCACUUCCGAGCCGAGAGCCGUGGAUGUCACAUUCCUUUUGCUCGCCCAGUAGUAUUUGUGGAGAAAAGAAUUGGGUCCAGUCGGAAAAUUGGCUCGCUCGCUCCACUCGAUCCGCUGGAGAUUGGAAGAAGGGGAGCCUGAGGACAGAUGAUACCC